CAAAGUUGCCGGGAUGUCACGUGUCCGACUUAUUUCAGUAUAGUCGUAACAACCUAAUCAUUACGACACUUCUAUUCGAUAAACUACGCCACAUGUAGUAAAUAAGCCAUUCCAUGUUUUGUUAACCAAAUUCGACACACCGUUACCUGCUGGAAAAGACAGAUUUUGGGUCGUUAUAUCUCUCUCGCUUCGCCUCUUCUUCUCCGCUUGUGCUUGCCAGAGAGGAAGUCGUCAUCUUUGUGCGUGCUCGAAACAAAACCAGGCGCAAAACACUAGCGACGCUGACCCACCUUGCAUUGACUGAAGAGAGGAAAGCAGUUGUUGUUGUACUAAAGAAAAUCGUAAUUCGUUAGGAAGAGGAUCAUGUCUAUUUGUUUGCUGAUCAGCAAAAAUGGAAGGCAUAAACCGAUUCAUCUACCUCACCUACAGACAGUUGUCUUGGGUCGGAGUCCAGAAACAACGAUAAAAGACAAAAAAUGUUCCAGGGAGCAAGUUGAGCUCAAGGCUGACUGCAACAAAGGGUAUAUCAGUGUAAAACAACUGGGUGUCAACCCCACUAGUGUGGACUCUGAGGUGGUGGGUAAAGGCAACCAAGUGGAGAUGAGAUCUGGCCAGCAGCUGCACAUGGUCAAUGAGCUGUACCCUUAUACUGUGUGCUUCAAAGAGGAUCCAUCCAACUCUCAGUCCAGUGUGGGCACCAAGAGGCCCUGUGGGCCUGCCUCAGAGGAGCGGGAGUUUCACAGAGAGCCCCCCGGGCAUAAAGUACCAAGGAAAACGGAGGACUCCACUCAGUGCAAGCAUGGAGGGUCCACCUCCACUAACACACAGCCUGAACCUCAAACAACAGACAAAACAGAAACAUUAGGAUAUUGGAGCCAAGGAUUGAAAGCCUCAAUGCAAGACCCCAAAAUGCAGGUCUACAAGGAUGACAGAGUAGUUGUUAUCAUGGACAAGUACCCCAAGGCUCACUACCACUGGCUGGUCCUGCCCUGGGAGUCCAUCCCCAGUCUGAAGACACUGCACAGGGGGCACUGUGAUCUGUUGAGGCACAUGAACCAGGUAGCAGACAGGAUUGUACAACAGCAGUGCCCCGAUGCUGGCCUGUUACACUUCCGCCAGGGCUACCACGCCAUCCCCAGCAUGAGCCAUGUCCAUCUACACGUGAUCAGCCAGGACUUUGACUCCCCUUGUUUAAAGAACAAGAAACACUGGAAUUCAUUCACAACCGACUAUUUCAUAGAAUCUCAAGAAGUCAUCCAGAUGCUGGAAAAGGAUGGGAAGGUCACUGUAAAAGAAGGGACAAAUGACUUGUUGAAACUACCUCUCUGCUGUCACGUGUGUGGCAUGGCGCUGUCCACCAUACCACAACUUAAGGAGCACCUGAAAUCUCACCCCUAUGGUAGAUUGUGAAACCAUAUACAGAAGAAAAAUGAAAAAAAAAAUACGUUGGGGGUUAUGAUGCUCGUGAGGCAAUUGUAGAAGAAAAAAAAUGUCUAUGGAACCACACUGUCAAUUUUAUUGCUGCAAAUGCUCAUAAUGGACAUAAGUCUGUUCACAACCAAUUGUCAUUUACUUUAAUACAGCUCACAAACCUGUUUAAAUAGUGUGCAGCAAGUAUGUUUUUUUUUUUGUACAAAUAAGUCUCGAGUGCAUGUCUGAAUAUAAAGCUUGGGGAACAUUUGUUUAUAGUUUUGUUAUAGUUGCAAAAGUUUGACAAAAAAUAAAAUCUUAACUUUGGCCUCAGUGGCACAGAAAAUGUG